CUUAGUUGGUCUCUAAGGUGCUACUGGAAGGAUUUUUUUAUUUUGUUUGGGCUUACAUGCUGACAGGGUCUCAAUCCUGCCACCGAUUGUGUCGCAGCAUUCUGCUGUAACUGCAGCUUCCAGUUCCUAAAUACACUUAGUUGGAAACAAGUCCUCCUGACUUCAAUGGGGCUUGCUUCUUGAUUGAAGCAUGCUUGGAAUUGCUGCCAUGGGGCAGCAGCUGUGCAGAUUCACUGUGGACAGCAACACCUGACUCAGCUCCCAGUCUUUGCCAAACCAUCCCCUCCAAAAACAAAGCGAAGAGGGUAGAUAUAAAAUGAUGUGUGGACUUCCCCCCCCCCAGCCCAGGUGGCUGCUUUGCCUCCUUCACAAAUUGGGAGUGGAUGGGACCAGAGGUAAACAUGAGCUGAGCAAGAAAUGCGAAUGUUGAUUUUUGCACAGUAGGCUGGUUUCUUUUCUCUCCUGUGUUUCCUCUCUAUCCUCCUCCUCCCAGAUAAGCAAGAGGCAUUAUCAAGAGUUCAGGGUCACAUCGCAGCUGGGCAGAAACCCUGGAAAGGGGGAGGUAAAGCAGGGCUGCCAAGGGCUGUGAGAUGGGGAGAGCUACAAGGGGCAGGAAGAGACCUGGACCAUAUUCAGUCCCCGGGCCUGAAAUUCCACAUCUCUGAUAGAACUGGGCAUAAAUUCCAGGAGGAGUCAGCCAUCACAUAGGGCUUAAUUUCAUGCAAGGAGGGGGAGUCCAGACUCCAGAGGGAAGGUAGGGUAAGAGCCCCCUUGCAAGUGAUCAGUGUGGACUUCUGCCCCUCCCUAGUAGCCUGCUGGGUAGGGAAGAAGUGUGAAAGAGAGAAUGGGGCUCCAGGAGAGGAAAAGGGGUGGCACCACCCACCACUGACUUUGCCCCCUGCCCCAACAGUUGACACAAAAGGGAUUCUUUGCCUGUGGAGUGCAUAGCUGCCAAGUUUUCCCUUUUCUCGUGAGGAAGCCUAUUCAGCAUAAGGGAAUUUCCCUUAAAAAAAGGGAGAACUUGGCAGCUAUGGUGGAGUGGUUGCUGAUGAAUGCGAGAAAGCUCCUUGGAAGAAAAGUGGGUAUAUAAAUUAAAGAAAGAAAUAAAGGCCACAAACACAGGCCACUUUCUGGUUUAGAUUCUGGUGUGAACUGCAGGCUCAUUAACGGCCAGAUGAAAAUCCAACCUCGUGAAACUGGAUGGAAGCUUUUCUUACAGGUGCAAAAAAAAUUAGACCUGUCAACAACAGAAAGCCUUGCCAACUUUGUCCUUGGCAUCUGUGUCUCUUCCUCGGUGGCUCCCACCCUCUUGCCAGUCCUCUGUGUGACCAGGCCCAGUAUUUAGUUGAGAUGCCAUAGCUUAGUCGUGAGGCACAUUCUUUGCAUGUUCAAGGCACAAGAGGCGAUGGCUGGUCUUCCCAGUUGGUGGAACUGUGAGGUCAGCGUCCCUUCAGGCUAAAGAAGCGAAGAAAAGAUGUUUGGCUUCCACAAACCGAAGAUGUACCGGAGUUUAGAAGGUUGCUGCAUUUGCAGAGCAAAGUCUUCCAGUUCUCGCUUCACUGACAGCAAGCGUUAUGAAAAGGACUUCCAGAACUGCUUUGGUCUGCAUGAAGCUCGCUCAGGAGAUAUUUGCAACGCUUGUGUGCUUCUGGUGAAAAGAUGGAAAAAACUGCCGGCAGGAUCAAAAAAGAACUGGAAUCAUGUGGUGGAUGCAAGAGCUGGACCAAGUCUUAAGACGACAUUGAAGCCAAAGAAGAUGAAAACCCUUUCUGGCAGCAGGAUGAAGAGUAAUCAGAUAAGCAAGCUGCAGAAAGAGUUGAAGAGACACAACUCUGAUGCCCACAGCACUACUUCAAGUGCCUCUCCAGCCCAGUCACCCUGCUAUAGCAAUCAGUCUGAUGACGGCUCAGACACCGAGAUGACCGCUGGCUCCAGCCGCCCUCAUGUCUUCUCCUUCUUAGAUCCCAUUUACUGGAAAAGGCAAAAAAUUUGCUGUGGAAUUAUUUACACAGGCCGCUUUGGAGAAGUUGUUAUAGAUGCUCACCUCUUCAAACCCUGCUGUAGCAAUAAGAAGCCCACAACUGAGAAGCCGGAGCCACAAGGUCCCCAGUCUCCAACCAUCUCCAACCAGGAAGAGUGGUGACUUCCACAGCAGUUGGUGUAAAAAAGAACCUCUUUUUCUCUCUGGAAAGGCUUGAAAGUGACUUUCUCUUCACUUUAGAAGCCUGCUAUGCUGCCAAAAGACUCCCCCCUCCCCCCGCGACCAUGAACGGUUUGAGGAUUCCAUUUUUUACUGCUUCAGUUCCACUCAUUCAGAAACCUGUUCAUAUUUCUCCCCCGCCCAAAUGACUGUAAAUAAUAUUUAAAAGGCUCUAAAAUCCCUAAUUGAGCUGAAUGCUGCUGCAAGUCAUCUUGGUUCAGCCUCUUUCCCCACACAACUCUUCUUCAGAUGAAAGGCCAUAAAUGAGAAUUAAACUAUGUAGUGUGUUUUUCUGAAAGAGUAGUAGUGCGCACAUUUUGGCAUGUUAAAACUUUUAGCCAGUAACCUUUUCUCCCUGUGAGGAAAAUACUUAUUGCUCUUAGGCAUGGACCUGGGUUUGCCGUAGUUUGUACAAGACUUCCCUGCUCUGUAUAUGUUGUAAAGGUGGGGAGCUCUUAAUUUUUACUACUGAUGCUUUAACAGGGAUGAAAAGUUGUGCCUGUCCUGAACCCCGAAGCCAAGGGCUCAUCUUUCUGGCCUAGUAAAAGUCUGUAUGUGAAGCGACUAAGCAUGCAGUCAGCCUUUGGCAAACAAUAAAGUUUUGAGACUGGCCCAUUCAUUACCUUGGUACUAGACCAAGUUAACUUUUUUCUCUUCCCUGCCUGUUUCAGUGUGCAGUCCAUGUAUGAUUUAUGCAUUAUUAUUACAGACAACGUUCAGGGAGAUGAGGGGCUCCUUUGUGGUAUUGAAGGGACACCCUUUACAAAUGUUGGCCAGUUGUGUGGGGCUGUGAUGAUGACACAGUAUAUAUACUAAGUCAUUGUUUUCAGUACUUUGGUAUGGGACCAAUUAAGUGUAUAUUAUAAUUUGUGAUUGCUCUCUUUACCUGUCUAGUCCCACACCUUGAUAACGACUGAGUAAAAAUCUGUCAAAAACUAGUAAAUUGCAACUGGGAACAGCAGUCAGUUUGUGCCUGGCAAGGUAAUAGGAGGUUUUAUAAUCCCAAUCCAACAGCAGAAUGCAAACAACACGGUAAUCACUCUUCAUUUUAUACAAAUUUAAUUAUUAUUAUUAUUAAUAAUAAUAAUUUUGAAGGCCAGUCACAAAAGCAAGCCCAUUCUAGCACAAGCUCAGGUUUAAGAUUCCUCUUCUAUGUUUCUGCACUGUUUGAUUAGCUUGGUUAUGCACCCAAGGAAGGAAAAUUGCAAUAAUAACAAACCCACUCACAUCCUUAUUAUAAAGUAUUAUCUAAAGAGAGAGAGUUCUAGUUAUGCACGGCAUUUGUUGGCAAAUAAGAGAAAGCGUUUUUAUUUCAGAUAUAUACUCUAUAAAAGUGUGCAUAAAUUACUGUGACUUCUCUUUUUUUAAACAACAACAACCUAGAAUUGUCUAGUUAGAGCUAUUUCCCAAGUUCACGACACUAAAUGCAUAUAAUAGCCUUCAUGUAUGAAGAGCUGUCACAGGCUGUAGUCAGUGUCAAUCCUUGUCUAUGAUUUCUGCUCCCGGCUACUUCAGUACUGCAAGUCUUUCCUGUUACCCCUCCUUCUCUCCUAAUCUCCCAGAAGUGCCUUCGGUCCUUGUUCCUACUCCUCUUGUGCCCAGCCUUCAACACAGAACUGCACAGUUAAUUCCCUUCACUGCCUGCUUGUCCCUAUUUUGGAUUUGCUUCUUCCUAAAUGCUUCCCCUCUUCAGUAUUUCAUGAUUUCAUGUGACAAACUUCCCUGAAGAGGUGGUGAGCUAAUUCUGCCCUAGCACCUAUGGACAAGCAGGCCUCUCCUAGGACUCCCAUGUUUUCCUCCAUGCUUUCUCACUCUAUACUGUGAGAGGGGGGGAAAGGAAUUUCUUAAGCAUUGUCACUGUAGUAUAUUAGCUGUAGGACAAGGCACUUGGCUGAAUUCAGUUUCCCCCUGAAAUCUCAGCCAGCAUAAGAACUAGAAUAUUGUUUGCUUUGUUUUAAGAUGAGAUUCCCAAGAUUCUGAUAAAAUACGCCAGUUGACCAAGGAAAGAGUUCUUUCAGCUUUGGCAAAUAAUGGCUUCCGCAGUAAGUAUGCUGCUGUAUUUAGAUCAUACGGAUUUCUCCAUUUAUUUGAAUAGCAUGAGAAUUUUGACUUGUUUUGUGCAGUGCACUACUACAAACACAACUUAGUCCUUCUAUACUUUUUAUUAAACAAAAAAAUCCUAAGCUGAUGCAUUAGGAAAACAAAAUCUGAGCUAUUGUCUUCCUACCUUGUUUUUAGGGUUCCCUUAAUUGUGUCUCCCCAUUUGUAAAUAGGAGAAAUAUUCUAAAGGGAGGAUAACAUAGGUCUUUAUUUGUAACUGACUAGCUACUUGGCAGUUUUGCUGGGUUGGUAAUCUCUGAAGGAUUCAUGUAGGAGUCCCAGAUAUUUUUUCCCUCAUCAAUUUACACGUUUAAGGUUUUAUUUUUUUGUUCGUUUCUGGGUUUUUGUUUUUAGUAAGCGUCAAUGCUUUUGUGCAUUUACAGCUACAGUAUGAAACAAUGUACUAUGAUAUGGAUCAUCUCGUCUACUUCUGUAUUUAUUUAUUUAUUACUACAACAGCAGACUGCUUUCCCCUCAGCCUCCUUACUCCUUCCUAUGUAGUAAUGCAAUAUGAAUUGUAUGUAGUUAUGCACUUUGUAUUAAUGUAGUAGAAAUCUAUGGAACCUGUUUUUAUACUUUUUUAUUGUUCAUACACUUGUAAUCCAAACUUUUUUUUACACUAGGGUAAUUAAUAAAAAAUAGACUUUAUUUAGAAAAAUAAGCAUAUUUCUUUCUGACUUAAAAAAAACACUUUAUUUAUUGAUUUCACCAUUAAAGUGGGUGGAAAUUGCAGGAGAAUAGGGGCUGUAUAGAAUCAGAGGCAGAUCAAAUGCUAAUGCCGUUUUAAGAAGUUGUUCAUUUUCAAGGAUGAAUGGAAUAAGGAAGAACAUCCCGAUUCUUAAUUGGUAGCCACGGGAAGUUAAGAGAGAACUUACUAUGUAACAUCAUAAACCUUCAUGGGUGAACAUUCCUGGUAUGAAAACAAUUUCGAAAUCUCAGACUGUUUUCUACACACAGUCCCACCAAACCUUGUCUUUUUAAAAAAAGAAAUGCAGUGCCCCUCCUGUUCACUGUCACACUUCAGAGCUACUUUGACAUUUUUUUAAAGUUUGUUUUGUGAUUCAGCCAAUCAAAUUAAGUAGCUAGUUUGAUGGCUGCAUGACACCAUGAUGUCAAUCAGAUUUGAAUGUGUAAUGGUGUCAUGGAAUGAAUAAGGAGAAUUCCCCCCCCCCAUUUUUUUUUUUGCAGGGAUCUUUCAUAUUGCUGCAGAAAUGAGGAUGAGGUAUUUCACAGAGAAACACUUCCUUGAAUUUUUAUCUCCACAAAAUAGCCCAAUACAGUCGUACCUUGGAAGUUGAACGGAAUCCGUUCCGGAAGUCUGUUCAACUUCCAAAAUGUUCGGAAACCAAAGUGCGGCUUCUGAUUGGCUGCAGGAAGCUCUUGCAGCCUAUCGGAAGCCCUGUUAGAUGUUCGGCUUCCAAAAAUAGUUUGCAAACAGGAACACUCACUUCUGGGUUUGCGAUGUUCGGGAGCCAAAACAUUCGAGAACUAAGCUGUUCAAAAACCAAGGUACGACUAUUCAUUUUGCACCCUAACCAUGGCUUUACCAGCAUAGUGUAAGACAGAGUUACUCUGACAUUAAUUGGUUGCUAGAAGAUGCACUGAGAAUUCUCUGUGCCACAGCUUGAGUUAUUGUGGAAUUAAUUUCACAUGUAUGAAUAUAUUUGCUGCCACCCAAUUAGCAUCUUUGAUAUGUUUUCUCUGUGACCAUAGUGAGCAAGUAACUCCCUAAGCAGAAUAAUAAUGAUUUCUGUAAUUUCCAAUUAUGAUCUGUGUGGGAAUUAAGCAAGUUCAAAGUGUCACAGGGAAAAAUUGUUGAUCCCAGUACUUAGCUGCUGGCAAGAAUUUCUGCAAAGCCUAUGAGACUUGAAAUCCCCUGAUGUCUCAGUAUUGUUGCUGCUUCUUAGAAGUGCUUUCAAUAGUAUUUUGUACUUAAUGUACAUCUAAAACAGUUCAGAGCAGAUCUUGUCAUUGGUUCAUGUGGGAUGUUUAAUGUAUCCAGAAGUGUUUUUCGAGUCUAAAUAGAGGUGAAUUUUUUACAUGGUAUAAAUCAAGUUCUGCAUCCAAAAACCAGAUGGCUAUAUUGACUUUGGCACAGCAGUUGUUCUAAGCAACAACCAGUAUGCCUCCCAUGGGGAUCUCAGUCAUGACCUCUAUUGGUGACCUUUAGGAAAGCUCCUCUGUCUCCUCUCCACCUGGGGAGGGGAUAAUGCAGCUCUACUUUACAAGGUUAGUGCAAAGAUGAACAGGGUAAUGUAUGUGAAAUGUUCUUGAGUACUGUAAUUGGGGAAAGCAUUAAGCAUUAAUUAUUAUUACUCCCCUGACCCCACAUUAUAUUUUGACAAUGUUACUCUAAGAGUAAGCCACAUCAAACACAGUGGGGUUACAUUUCUCUGUAAAAUGUUUGUAUUCAUUUUUGCAUAUAAGAAAAGGAAAACGAGACAAAACAAGAUCAACAAUAUGAACAAAAACAGAAACACCGCAACAAAUGAAAGGGGCUGAAGUUCAAGAACAAAAUGCAUGUCACAGAAGCUUAAUUGAGCUUUCAUCACUCAAGAAAAGUCAUAUAAUAUAUACGAUGAAACAGUAUACCAUUGGUGGAUUCUUGGUGGUAAUUACGAAUUCAAUACAGAUAAAGAAGCAGAUUUGAUAUAAGAAAUGAAACACCAGACUGCCUGAAAUUUGUCUGUCUUUGCAGAUUUACUGAUAACUGAUCUUCCAAGUAAUGGGUCUACUUUUGAGUAGACUUGGACUUAAUAUUUGUGGGUGUGGCUUUCUAAGUAAUCACCCAAAGCUGUGCAAUGAGGGCACCUGUGUAACAUCAAUAGGCAGGGAGUGCUACCACACUAAAACGUUGAUGUAAGUGUGGAACAAACAUUAGGUGUCACAUCUAAAUAAAUGUACGGUAAUAAAUCCUGCACAAAGUAAGUGGUAAAUCAAGAACAGCAGUAG